AUGUUGGGCUUGAGGACCAUUCGACUCAAGGCACGCCCUUCUCUGCUGGAUCUGAUCGCCAGCGGUGGUGUUGUUGACCCGUCGUCCGGCAUUGCUGCUGCUGCUGAGGCCGGAUCGAGUUCGUCGUCACAGGAAGCUCCUCCGCCUCCGCCGCCCAGACUAGACGACCUGCCACCGCUCCCCGACUCGCCCACCUCCAACAACAGCUCGAGCAGUAGUAUCGAGCAGCCCCCUCCACCACCUACAUACCCGGUCAGCGACGCCUGGAGCAUACGCAAGAUGGCGCCUUCUACCAAGGAGAGAAAGCGCCUUGAAGCCUCUGAGGAUGAAUAUGGCUCCAUCUUCUCGGUCGCCGGUCCUGUCGUCGUGGCAGAGAACAUGAUUGGAUGCGCCAUGUACGAACUGUGCCGUGUUGGCCAUGAUCAGCUCGUCGGAGAGGUUAUCAGGAUCGAGGGAGACAAGGCGACCAUCCAGGUCUACGAGGAAACAGCCGGUGUUACUGUCGGAGACCCCGUCGUGAGAACAGGAAAGCCCUUGUCCGUCGAGCUGGGCCCUGGUUUGAUGGAGACUAUCUAUGACGGUAUCCAGCGACCCCUCAAGGCCAUCUCGUCCAAGUCCGACAGUAUCUACAUUCCCCGCGGUAUCGCUGUGCCUGCUCUGGAUCGCGAAAAGAAAUGGGACUUCAAGCCCGGUAGCCUCAAAGUGGGCGACCACAUCACCGGAGGUGACAUCUGGGGUAGCGUUUUCGAGAACAGCUUGUUGGAUGACCACAAGAUCCUGCUGCCGCCCCGCGCGCGUGGUACUAUCACUCGGAUAGCUGAGGCUGGAAGCUACACUGUCGAUGAGAAGCUGUUGGAGGUUGAGUUUGACGGCAAGAAGACCGAGUACAGCAUGAUGCACAGCUGGCCCGUCCGUGUGCCCAGACCAGUCAAUGAGAAGCUGACGGCCGAUUCGCCCUUCAUCGUCGGACAGAGAGUGCUGGAUGCUCUCUUCCCCAGUGUCCAGGGUGGUACCGUCUGUAUCCCUGGUGCCUUUGGAUGCGGCAAGACCGUCAUUUCCCAGAGUGUCUCCAAAUUCUCCAACAGUGAUAUCAUCGUCUACGUCGGUUGUGGUGAGCGUGGUAACGAGAUGGCUGAAGUGCUUAUGGAUUUCCCAGAGCUGUCGAUCGAUGUUGGCGGCCGCAGAGAGCCCAUCAUGAAGCGUACUUGUCUGAUUGCGAACACCUCGAACAUGCCUGUCGCCGCUCGUGAAGCCUCUAUCUACACCGGUAUUACCGUCGCUGAGUACUUCCGUGACCAGGGAAAGAACGUUGCGAUGAUGGCGGAUUCCAGUUCUCGUUGGGCCGAGGCUCUGCGUGAGAUUUCGGGUCGUCUGGGAGAGAUGCCUGCUGAUCAGGGUUUCCCCGCGUACCUGGGAGCUAAGCUCGCCUCGUUCUAUGAGCGUGCCGGAAAGAGUACCGCACUCGGUAGCCCAGAGAGACAGGGCAGUGUCAGUAUUGUCGGUGCCGUCAGUCCCCCUGGUGGUGAUUUCUCAGAUCCAGUUACCAGCAGUACCCUUGGUAUCGUGCAGGUGUUCUGGGGUUUGGACAAGAAGUUGGCUCAGCGAAAGCACUUCCCUUCAGUCAACACGUCGGUGUCAUACAGCAAGUACACCAACAUCCUCGACAAAUACUACGAGAAGGAGCACCCCGAAUUCCCUCGCCUUCGAGACCACAUAAAGGAGAUUCUGUCGACCUCUGAGGAUCUUGAUCAGGUCGUGCAGCUGGUUGGUAAAUCCGCACUUGGUGAUUCCGACAAGAUCACACUGGAUGUAGCUGCCCUCCUAAAGGACGACUUCCUCCAACAGAACGGUUACAGUGACUACGACCAGUUCUGUCCUUUAUGGAAGACUGAAUACAUGAUGAAGGCCUUCAUGGGCUUCCAUGAUGAGGCUCAGAAGGCAAUCGCGCAGGGUCAGAGUUGGGCCAAGGUCAGAGAGGCUACGGCGGACAUUCAGACGGCGCUGCGCAGUAUGAAGUUCGAGGUCCCAGACGACGAGAAGGCCGUGACAGCGAAGGUGAGAGAUUCGUCUCUGCUCUUUUAUGUGGAAUUUAUUGCUGAUUCUUUCGCAAUUCGCAUCGGUGUCCGACUUGUAAGGCGGUCGUGCCGCUUGUUGGAGGAGACGUUGGGUUCCAGAAGCUGUAGCAUACCAAGUUCCAUCGUAGCUAUAUAUCAUGUCUUUGGUUUGAAAUCACGUCGAUUAAACACAACAUACCUGCUCGGCAGGGUAUACUACGGUGCUUUCUUCAAUUAUCUCCUUGUUGAGCGGAUUCGUGUCCGUGGACUUUGCCAGCCAUGGCAACGCCGACCUCGUGCGCAACCCCGUUCCCCUUCAGCCAGCUCUCCCCACAGUCUUAACGGAGUGAAGGACGACACCCUCAAAGACUCUACGGACGCUGAAGCAAACCUGGACGAGUAUGGCGAGUUCCUACAUCUCCCGGGCCAGAAAUUCUACGACUUCAACAAGAUCAGAGACGAGAUUGUGCGCGAGACAGAAGCCAAAGUUGGCCGCAAUGCAGGCAUCUCACCCGCUCCGAUCAACCUGCGCAUCUAUUCUCCGAACGUCCUGACCCUCACCCUGGUCGAUCUGCCAGGUCUCACAAAGGUUCCAGUUGGCGACCAGCCAAAGGAUAUCGAAAAGCAGAUUAAGGAUAUGGUGUUGAAGCAGAUCAGCAAGCCAAACGCGAUCAUCCUCGCCGUUACUGCUGCGAACCAGGACUUGGCCAACUCGGACGGAUUGAAGCUGGCGCGCGAAGUCGAUCCCGAGGGUCAGCGCACGAUCGGUGUCUUGACAAAGGUUGAUCUGAUGGACGAGGGUACGGACGUCGUGGAUAUCCUUGCGGGCAGGAUCAUCCCUCUGCGACUUGGUUACGUUCCGGUGGUCAACCGUGGUCAGCGUGAUAUUGAGAACAAGCGCGCCAUCUCCUAUGCGCUCGAGCACGAGAAGAAUUUCUUUGAGAGCCACAAGGCCUACCGGAACAAGGCCUCGUACUGUGGAACUCCUUACCUCGCGAGAAAACUCAACUUGAUCCUCAUGAUGCACAUAAAACAGACGCUUCCUGAUAUCAAGGCUAGAAUUUCCUCCUCUCUACAGAAGUAUACCUCUGAGCUUUCUCAACUGGGAGAUUCCAUGCUUGGUAACGCUGCAAACAUCGUCCUCAACAUCAUCACGGAAUUUAGCAACGAGUACCGGACAGUGUUGGAUGGAAACAACCAAGAGCUGUCAAGCGUUGAACUUUCCGGUGGUGCCCGUAUCAGUUUCGUCUUCCACGAACUGUACUCGAACGGUAUCAAGGCCGUCGAUCCGUUUGACCAGGUCAAGGACAUCGACAUCAGGACUAUUCUUUACAACUCUUCUGGUUCAUCGCCUGCACUGUUCGUUGGCACCACUGCUUUCGAACUGAUCGUCAAACAACAAAUCAAGCGACUGGAGGACCCCAGUUUGAAAUGUGUUUCUUUGGUCUAUGACGAACUGGUUCGGAUUCUGGGUCAGCUGCUCACCAAGCAACUCUUCCGGAGGUACCCCAUGCUCAAGGAGAAGUUCCAUACUGUGGUGAUUCAAUUCUUCAAGAAGGCCAUGGAACCUACCAACAAGCUUGUGAAAGAUCUGAUUGCCAUGGAAGCGUGUUACAUCAACACUGGUCACCCUGAUUUUCUUAACGGCCACAGGGCUAUGGCUAUUGUCAAUGAGCGCCAGAAUGCUGGGAAGCCUACCCCAGUGGACCCCAAGACAGGAAAGCCGUUGCCACCUCCCCGUUCAGGUAGUCCAUCCUUGGACACUAUGAGGGGAGAUACCGAGACCAACGGCGGAUUCUUCGGCAGCUUCUUCGCGUCCAAGAAUAAGAAGAAGAUGGCUGCCAUGGAACCCCCGCCACCAACCCUGAGAGCAUCCGGGACUCUCUCCGAACGAGAGAACAGCGAAGUUGAAGUUAUCAAGCUGCUGAUCCAAUCUUACUUCAACAUUGUCAAGCGGACCAUGAUCGACAUGGUCCCCAAGGCUAUCAUGUACACCCUCGUCCAGUACAGUAAGGAAGAAAUGCAGCGCGAGCUGCUUGAGAACAUGUACCGCACCCAGGAACUGGAUGAUCUGCUCAAGGAGAGCGACUACACGAUCCGCCGCCGGAAAGAGUGCCAGCAGAUGGUGGAGAGUCUGUCGCGCGCCAGCGAAAUCGUCAGUCAAGUACAGUAG